AUUAUUGAUAAUUAUUCAAUUGACAAAUAUUAUCAAUGGAUCAUCGUCAUCGUCAUCUUCAUCAUCAACCAGCUCAGAUGAAACAUUCAAUCACCAUGGACAAGCAUCAUGGAAUUUUACACAAUGGUGGAAUGUACGAACCGAUGAUAAUACACAACUAUAUAAUGAACCGGUUGUAUUUCAAGAACCAGCCAAAUAUCUACAACAAUAUGGUGAUUUUGAACGUUUUGGUCAAGUUGAUUAUCGACCAUUAGGUUCAUCGACUGCUACAAGUACAUCGAUAAUGAUUGGUACAAAUGUUUUCCAUAUUGAUCCAACAUUCAGCCCAAUUACAUCUAUCGAUGUAUUGAAUUCAACGAUUCGACAAUUUUUCUCUCGUUCACGACAUUGGUCCGAUGAUAAAAUAUAUCUUCGUGAUUUACGUGAAGCAUUGAAGGAUAAAUUUCUUAGCUAUGGCUUAAAAACAGCAUUUCAUGUAUUCAAAACGGAAUAUACACAAGAUAAAAUGAAACGACAAACAGCAACAAACAUUAUUGCCAUAUUACCGGGAAAAUAUCGUGGAACACCGAAAGAUGAAAUCUAUUUGAUUGGUGCCCAUUAUGAUACGGUACGUCGAUCACCCGGUAUCGAUGAUAAUGGUUCUGGUUCAGCUGCCGUUCUUGAAAUGGCUCGUCUUCUUACCAGACAUAAAUGCUAUUUUAACAAGACAAUCAUUUUCACAUUGUUCGAUCUGGAAGAAGAGUAUCUAAAAGGUAGUAAAUAUUUUGUACAACAAUAUCUAAUACCGACGGAAAUACGUAAAAAUCAAGCCAAAUUUAAUGGUGCAUAUAUUAUGGACAUGUUAUUGGCAUACAAUACAACAGAAUCCAGCCAAUCAUUACGUGAUUUUUGGCCAACAUUACCGGCAUUUGUUGAAGAGAUUCAAGAUGCUGGAUCAAGAGGAAAUUUCAUGACUGCAUGGUCAAGACGAAAUAUUGAUCAAGAUCUUUUCUUUUUCUUGGAAAAAAAUUGGAAAAAUAAACAAAUUUAUCCAUUGAAAUUGAUGGAUCCACCAUUACCGACACUAAGUCAUGAAGUAUCAAAAAAUUGGUCAAAAUAUUCAAAAUAUGGUACAUUUGCACGUAGUGAUCAUGCAAGUUUUUGGUAUCCAAUUGAACGUGAUACAACAUUUCGUUCAAUAUUACUCAGUGAUCUUGGACCAUGGCGUAAAGAUAUGAGUUUCCAUUAUCAUCGUUAUGGUGAUGAUGAAAGAUGGUUACGGUAUGAAAAUCUUCGAUUCAUGAAAAACACAAUCGAUAGUUUAUUGGCAACCAUAAUCGAUAUUGGUGAUGGUUAUUGUUUUGCGCAAAAAAUUUAAAAAAAAAUAACCAAAAAAAAAUCAAAAACAAUUAAUUAUAAUUAAGAAAUUUUAAUUUAAUAAUUUAUUCAUUCAUUUAUAACUGAAAACUAAAAUAAUUUUCUAUAACAUUUCCACAUUGAUCAUGAAUCAUUGUUGUUCAAAUCACAGGAAAAACAAAAACAAAAAAAAAUAGGAACC